AGAGGGUCCCUGGCCCUUCUACAUCCAUGUAUCUUUUCUUCCGUUCCCAUUCGAGCUCGUAUCCAAUAAACAACUCGAGGGACCUCAUUAAUUACUCAAGAUCCUUUUCGUUUCUACAUUUGAGUACCUUUCGUCAUGACAGGAGUCACCUAUAUCCCUACACAAACCCCCGACGAAUCCACCUUCACCAGCGAUCGCGUCGCUCUGAGAAGUCCCAUUCGCCUCCUCAUUCAAGACGCUCUCGUCCUCUUUGAAAACCUUGAAUACAUCCCCAAUGUCUUCCUGCCAAACCGCACGCUCAAGCCAUUGCCCGGUGUUGACAAGAGCAGGAUUAUGAGUGUCAGGGAUACGAUAUUGACCCUUAACGUUCUCAUUCUUGAACUCACGAUCAUGGUCAUCGCCGUUCCUGCUUCUCUUUACCUAAGAGGUUGGCAGAUGUGCCUCUUCAUUGCGGCUGUCAUGAUGACCAUAUAUCUUCUGGAGUUGCCCAUGUGGGGGGGACUGAUUGUGCACUCGCAAAUCGAACUGGAAGACUCCAACAAGUUUGGAAAGGAAAGAUGGCAUUUUAUCAAUGGGAUUGCGACGAACUACGAUGGCCUUCAGACGACAUGCGAUCGACUGGCCGCGACCUUCAGACGACGGAUAAUCGGAGUACACAAUCGAUCAUACGGAGUGAUUGGGGAUGUUCUCGAGUGUAUGAUCCAGCGCUGCUUCAGUUACAACACAUCCGAUGUGCGCUGCACAUACGAAGUACUGAAGCUGCAUAUCUUGGACCCGAGUGUAGACAAAGUAGUCGUCAUCGCGCACUCGCAAGGGGGCAUUAUCAUCUCUUUGGCCCUUGAUCGCAUGUUUGCUGAGAUGCCCAGUCGAGCCCUUUCGAAACUGGAAAUUUACACCUUCGGUUCCGCCGCCUCGCAUUUCAACAAUCCUUUGACGCACUCGUCUCUCACGUCGCUGAUUCAUGCGACUUCUACACCACAAACCUUACUGCCACGACCGACACAUGUAAUACCAACCAUUGAACACUACGCUAACGAGCUCGACCUUGUUCCUCGAUGGGGCGUGGUCAACAGCGCACGUCACUGUACCGCCACGCGAUAUGCUGGUCGUGUCUUCAUCGCCAAGGGUGCCAGCGGCCACCUCUUCAAUGAACACUAUCUCGAACCUAUGUUUCCUCUGUUAACUGUUUCUAACAAACCGGACACCUCAUCUCCCAGUGACCGCGGAGAUUACAAGAAAAACAAGGCGGGCAAUAACACUCCUAGCGCACCGGAACCAGACGCAUCCAUUUCCUCAGCAGAAGACCAAGUAGGUGCCGAUGCAGAAGGGAGCCCCGUUUUACAGCCACUCCUCCCUCAUUCAGACGCUGGACAACCAAAAUUGUCGCCGUUCCUUGAUCGAAUGGUAGAUGUCGACCACGAGACUGCGCUUAGGCGCGCCGAGUCAGUCGAGACGCAGAGCGCACUGGGCGAAGGGGCUGGUAAGACGGUGAGGCAAUUGAGUCGUUUGUGGAUGUACGUUGGCGGUGGAGAAGUAAAUAGCAGGGAGGGCCUUUGAGCGAAACGGCAUGUACAUAGGUACCCUUUUGUCAGGCGCUACUGGUAGCAAGA